AAAUAAGAGGAGAAGCUCUGGUCUCUGCUGCUAGCUGGGCUUUUUAUUUCCUAUUGGGUUUAUGGGCUAGAAAUUGAGCGUGGCAGGGUGAUGGGGCUUCCUUUGGGGACUUCAGGCUGUAUGAUGUGGGAUUUGCUUACACUGUCAUGACUCGAAGUGCUACGGACAGCAGUCUGGCACAGCUUAGAAUAUCCUCAAACAAGGAAUUUCUAAGUCUGUGGCACUGUUUCUCUUCCUCACUUUCCAGUACUGGCUGGUUAUGUAAAGCAGUUGUGCCUGUGGCAAGUUUUCAGGAAGGCAGUGAAAUUGAGUGGUUAUGGCUUGAUAUGUGGAUUUAAAAUGUCGGGACACAUCAUCAAGUGCCUCAGUUUCCCUACCUGUAAAAUGAUGCGUUGUUCUGUAAAGAGCUCUGCAGCUCAACAGUGAAAUGUUUGCCUAUGAGACAGGUAAGAGCCACCAGGUCCAGCAAGGGAGAAAUAGGCACCAUUUCAUUUCUUCGAUAAUGAUGUCAUCCUGACUGCUAAAAAUAAAGUUCUUAUCUUUCAGCUGCCAGGCAAAGAAAGCAGUGCACAGGUUGGAAGUUUUUUCCAUGUCAGUGACUGAUGCUUUAUUGCAGUUUCUGCUUUGAAGACUUGAAUUCAUUCCUAACUCAAAUGUGAGACAUAAAGAUAAGUAUCUUGACAACUCACACAACAGGUCCAUUGAUGGUGUGUCUGUCCAGGUGUUUGUAUGGGACGUGUCUCGGAAUCCAGACAAGUUGUUAAAGGAGUCAGUUCUACAGGCAUGCGGCUUUGCUGCUGGGAGGAGUAUGUUUUCAUAACCAGACAGUGUCUGAUACAGCUGAGAAUAGUAACUCUCACGCUGAGCUGUGAGGAGAGGUGAAGGAUCUGAGGGAAAGCGAUGGUAAGCAGAGGCAUUAUUCGUGGGUGGAUUCUUUUCCGAGCUGUCUUGAAGAUGUAACAAAAGUGCGAAGAAGGGACGAAAGCUGAUUUAUAGGGUGUCUUAGCACUGUUGCUGUAGGGAUUCUGGGACCUAGUCCUGUUCAUGGCAGCCUUGAGAGCUAUUGAGAGUUCCCCCUAACAGGUAACUAUAUGCUACCGGCUGAUUGUUGCUGCUAUGUGGGAUGCUGCUGAUAUGCUUGCAGUGCCUGGAGGUACAGCAGAACCCCACACUGAUUUUAGAGCAGGUGAAACCUUGCACGCUUUGCAGCUGUACUGUUUCCAUCUGUAGCUCCCCACCGGGGGAGAUAAAAUGUGUGCUUGCGGUGUUUGCUCUUGCAAUAUGUAGUAUGUUGCAAUGGUAUGGCAGGAAGGACCUAGUUUGGUGUCUCUCCAGCACAACUAUGGCCACUGCUGCCUCAAGUGUUGCCACCCCUCAUUGGUGGGCUGCAGCUGGGAACAGCUGCUCUGGUGAGUUUCUUGUAAGAUUGAAAGGCUGAUACAACUCAGGGGUGAGAGGAAGAAACAGAAGAUGGGACAGCAGACCUGAAGGACCUGUGAUGCUUGAGGAGAGCAGUAUGUACCGUCCCUCAAGAUGUAUUUAGCCCUGUCUAAAGAGUUGUGAUUGCCUUGGGGGGAAGCCUUGGAGACUUGCUUUGGGGGAAGCAUCCACAGAAUUCUCUCUUGUGAAAACUGGCAUGUGUGGGGGUAGAAUGAGGUCUGUCAUUCUGCGCUGACAAGCGGCUGGUGGAUGUGCUCCUCUGACUGCAAUUAUGUUUAUUUAACACAUGCCUCUCCACAGUCGUGCAUCCCAACACAAUGUUGAGUUGGAAUGGACAUGCCCCACACUGACUUUUCAGAGCUGAUUUAAGGGUCCUAAACUUGUGUUUAAAAUAGCCCCUCCAUUUUUUUUUUUUUCUAAAGAAGAUGGAAAGAACUGAUCCAAAAACCUGGUGGUUGUUUUGUUUGUUGAAUACUUCAAAGCAUCUAGCAGAUUUCUCAGAGGCAGUUGUUAACACAUGAAGCUUGCUUGUCUAAUGAGUGAAUUGAAAGUGUAAAAAGGAAUAAUGUAUUAAAAUUAAUUGGUAUUUCAACUUAAAAUCAUACCCCAUAAAGUUAAUUCCAAGAUUUUCAACAGCACUAAAGCAGCCUUAGCAAAUGAUAUAGUUUUACUCUGAAUCUGAAUGCAGAUGGUGUUUGUAGCCUUUAUCUCCAUCUUUUCUCUUUCCCCAACUAAAGAUUCUUUUCACCUAAUAUAAGGUAAUUUUUUCCAUCCACCAGAAAAUGUCUUAAUCUGAAACUAUCAGGAUUCCAAAGUCUUACUGAUUAAAAACUUCAGGUGGCUUUGGCAUGAUUACAUUUGACUGUUUGGAGUUUGCUCUUUAGGGGUCCAAUUUUUUUUAGAUUCCGUUAAGGAAUUUGACUUCUCAGGAGGAACUUUGUGAAUAUCCAAACCCUUUGCGUUGAUUCAAAGUAAUUAUCUAAAACUUGAGGUUUCUGGAAUUACUAGUUAACUAAAAAAAAAAAAAAAUAAGGCCCUGUAUGGUAGUAGUAGGGAGCCAUUUUGUGGUGUGAGAGAAAUCCUUUUUCCUUUUCUCAGGUAUGUUUUUGACCACCCAAGCAGAACUUUAUUAGCCAAGGGCUGGAACCCCUCAGGGACUUUCACUGCCUGGGUGGUGAUUCUUUGAUUCAGGGAAUUCAGUUCAUGAAAUUAUCAUCUUCAAGCCUCCUUAUCUUAAUUUUUUACCAUAUAAGUACUUUGGAGUGUGGUGGGUUUUUCUUUUUUCUUUUUUUUCUUUCUGGCAGUUCUUAUCUCUGCUCAUGUGCAGGAGUGGACAAGCUUGCAAUAUGCAACUAUGAUGAGUGAUUUUUUUUUUUUAAUGUCUCUAUUUUUGUGGACUUGCCCUGAGGAAUGUCUAACUUUACAUAAAGCUGAGAUGAUCCCCUGAGGGGAAGGGGAUGGGAAGAACCCCUAUGUAUUGUAGGUCUCUUCCCCCUGCACACCCAUUAACAUCUCUGGGUGCAGCAGGUACCUUGGCAGGGCAGGGGCUGCUCAGCCCCUUCCUCUUUGCAUUAAGGCUCUUGUCCAGGUGUUUUACCUGUGCAUGGCACCCAGGGAGGACCUUUCUGCCAUGACCAGUGUAUAAGCUUCUACCUCUUUUUGAAAAGCAUAAGUGCUUUCAAAAUACAGUAUUUGGGUCUGUAGAGAUACAGACAGGCACCUUUCCUGCGCGUUUCCAGGAACUGAUGAGAGGAACAUGCACAGGCAUACAGGCUCGAGCUCCUCUUACAGCUUCUAGUCACCAUAGUAAGCUGGUGUGGGUAAUGCGCUUGCAGAGCCUUGUGCCAGGCUGCUAUGCCCUGCCUUUCCGGGCCUAGCUGUAUGGGCAUGCCUAGAAUAGAUCUGGAUCUUUUUGUUUGACUUGUAUUGUCUGCUUUGGGAAUGGAGCAGUGUGCCUCUUUUCCUUCCCGGACUGAAGUGGUCUGUGCCUCUUCUUUUAAAGCAGGGAGUGGGAAAAGACAAUAGCGCAUUUCUUUUUGGUUGCCUCUUUUAUGAGUGUUUGGACUGAACCAAAUGAGUUUCCUGGCAGUGUGAAAUAGUGUGACAAAAAAAAAGUAGGGAAUCUGGGUUUUAAAGCCACAUUCUGAGCUUUCCUUGGAAAGAUGUGGCAGGUGGCAAACCCCCCCAAGGAAGUGUCUUGACUUCUAUUUCUGUUCCAUCCUCUUGCUGUAAGAAAGAUAACAUUGGUCCCUCUGCAGGCUGAUGUUUUAUUUAGUCUGUUUGUUGCCACCUGACUGUGCUCAACUUGCCCUCCAGCAAUUUACUGGAAUUCUCAUCAAUGAGAAAAAGUAGGUUGUUCUAGCACAGUUUGGCUAGGUUUGGGUGGAAGAAGUUUUGCUGUAAAGUUUUUGCGACUGAGAAAUCUCUUUGGUGCUACUCAGCGAGUUUCACCAGCACAUCUGGCCACUUGUGUGCAACUUGCAGCUGUCGUGGCUUGUGUUGCAUCACGCUUCUGCCAGAACUGUGGGAGAACAUCUGCCCAUCUGUGUAUGUAGUGUGGUGUGAAUGGAGGAUGGUGCAACUUCUUGCACCUUGAAAGAUGGGAAGAUUUGUUCAGCCGGUACUCAUGUUACAAAGUCAGCUGGCUAUUACCAGCCCAAAUUAGCCAGCUUGGGUUAAUCUGACCAGCUGUAGAGUAAUGCUGUGGUCCCACAUGAAGCUUUUGGCAUAGGCUAGAGCUGGCUGGGGAUGGCAAUACUGGUAGGGCCCAAGAAGGUUCACUGUGAUGAAUGUGGGUUUCAAGGCAAAUGGCAUGUGGGUAGCAAAGGUGCAAUACUACUUCAGGCUUCCUGUGGUCUAAGCCAUAAUGUUUCAGGAAGUGGCGUUUAACUCAGCAGGAGUUAGUAUCAGAGGAUAUCCACUGUUUACUAGUUGCAACAUGAACACCUUGGUUUUGGGCUGAAUUACUUUGAAAAUAAAUGUUAUAUAUAAAACCAAAAUAUGUGCAGGUUGAGGCUUUGCCUAGCCUACAGAAAUGUUGCUGGUGUGGACAACUCCUGAGGAGUUGGCACAAAGCCAGGGUCCUGCCACAAACGUAAUGCUAAAUCCCCACUUUCCUCUUAAUCUCAGGGAUUCUGUCUCAGGUUUUCCAACCUGAAUUAACAUCUGUCUCUCCUCCAGCAAAGUCAGGCCCAGGAGAGGGGUUACCCUGUCAGGUCCCGAGGAAGAGGACAGAGAGGACUGCGUUCUCCCUGGCCAGCACACUCUUUAGGGUAGAGGCCAAGGACUUCUGGUCUGAAGCAGAGGGUGACAAGAGCUGCUCUCUCUGAAACCAUCAUGGAACAGAUCAAUGGAUCUGUCCGGAUGGAGCAUGUGCUGCUGUACACCUUCCUGGAGGUGUCCUCUGACUGUAACUUCAGAGAGCAACUGCAUUCCCUGCAAAGCCAGGGGAUUGUGCCUUUCCUGAAAGGCAGCUACUGUUAUGAUGAUGAGGUGGAACUUCAGACUGAUGGUAAUCGGAGUGGCCACUUGCAGAAUGGUGAGCUAGUGCAUGACCCUGAGAUAAAUGAAAUUCUCCGGAUCGUUGCUACUCAGCUCGCUGAGAUUGGAGACCAGCUUGAUAAAGAAAUCAAACCAAGAACAGUAAAUGAUCUAGUGCAGCACUUUCUGAAUGAGAAUCUCUCUGGAGAGGAAAUAACCCGGUACAUGUCAGAGGCAGUGGAAGGGCUUGCACGAGCCCUCCCCUCAGACAUGGAACAGGAGAAGGCCAUGUUGGUGCUAGCGAUGGUCUUAACUAAAAAAAUUGCGAAUACAAUGCCCUCCCUUCUACAGCGUGUCUUCAGCACCACUGUGAACUACAUCAGCCAACAGUUUCACAACUACAUUGUCAGAAUGCUGCGUGACUGAGCUCUCCAGCCCUCUGUGUGAAGAAUGUAGAUUCAUGAAGACUUUUGACUUUUCUUGAUGUAUGCAAAUAACUUUCUGCUCUUAACUUAUGAGAAACAUAACAGCUUAACAGCUGUGAAAGGGAAGGCAGGGCUUCGUAGAUAGGCUUUUUGUAGACUAGCACAGCAAUGACAGUAGUGUGAGCUGCGUGCCAGCUCUGCCAGUACCUGUAAGGAGUAGUGCUCGCCCUCUCUCACUUUACAAUAGGGUUUUUUCUUUUUUUUUCUUAGCAGUAGCAGGCUUUUUGCAGAACUCUGGCUUGUGCCUCCAGGGGAAAUGCUGUGGGCAGAGAGCCUGCCCUCUCAAUAUUUUUUUUUUUUUUCCUAAUCAGCUAUAGCAUUUUGCUUUAGUUACUCUCUUUCCAGCCCUGCUCCUGGUGCUGCAGCUGAGCCAUGCUGAGUGUUAAUUGUUCCCAGGAAGGCCUCAGGCUGUAGAAUGGGUGGUUGAUCAGCACAGAUCACCAAGGGGAAAAGAAAAAAUCAGGUCUGUCUUAGAGGGGAGCUGGCAGCAAGAGGAAACAACCCUAAAGGAGGCAGGGGUGUUUGGCCAGGGAAGGCUAAAGUAAAGAUGCUUCAGUGUCGAUCGCCAUUAACCUGUGCUUGCUUGAAAAAUAAAGCUGGACAAGAAAUUGUAAAGAAAAGGGCAGGGGUACCUACAGGGCAAAUUUUUUCAGGGAACAAUUUGGAUAUGCUUGAGGAAAAGUGUUUAGCUUUAGAAUAUCUUGAUAUAAAGAGAAAGAAGGUAUUGACCUUGGAUCAGGAACACUACCUAGCAUCUCUUACAAGGGUAUUCUAGUUACAUCUCAGGUUGAACAAACUUGGACUCAGGUGGUUUGAUACGUACCUGUAAUCUAACACAAGGCAGUAAAAGCUUCAC